UCUGCCCUUAACCCUACCCUGGGGCGCUAGGGCGCCUGCGCAGAAAGCGUUAAGAUGGAGAUCGGUGAAGUUGACGGCCGCUCGGCAAUGGUGGUGUUUCUCUGAAAUGAAAUACAUAAAAUGUUUUAUUUCAGAAAUUCCAUGGAAUUAUAGUUGGUACUAUUCUGCAAUGUCUCUAGUUGAAAGCCAAAGUGAAGACAGACAAAGUGAAGAACAAGUGAGAUAUCUACAAGCCAAUAGCAGAGAACUCAACUCUACCUUUGGAUAUCCCAACAAUACCAUCAAGACCUCAAGAUACAGUGUCUUUAACUUCUUGCCCCUGAACCUGUUUGAACAAUUCCAGAGACUUGCAAAUGCAUAUUUCCUCAUUUUGCUAUUCCUACAGUUGAUUCCCCAGAUCUCCCCCUUGGUGUGGUACACGACUGUGAUACCCCUGAUGGUGGUGCUAUCCAUAACAGCAGUGAAGGAUGCCAUCGAUGAUGUGAAAAGGCACCAAAAUGACAAUCACGUCAACAACCGUUCUGUUCUGGUGGUGAUGAAUGGCAGGAUAAAGGAAGACAAAUGGAUGAAUAUUCAAGUGGGAGAUAUAAUAAAACUAAAAAAUAAUCAGCCUGUCACGGCUGAUGUGCUAUUACUCUCUAGCAGUGAGCCCUAUGGUCUGACAUAUAUAGAAACAGCAGAACUGGAUGGUGAAACCAACCUGAAAGUGAAGCAGUCCAUCUCAGUUACCAGUAACUUGGAAGAUAACCUGGGGCUGCUGUCUUCUUUUGAUGGAAAAGUAAGGUGUGAGUCUCCCAAUAACAAGUUGGACAAAUUCACAGGAAUAUUGACUUUUAAGGGAAAAAACUACACCCUGGACCAUGACAAGCUGCUACUCCGAGGCUGCAUCAUCAGGAAUACAGAUUGGUGCUAUGGCUUGGUGAUUUACACUGGACCAGACACCAAAUUAAUGCAGAACUGUGGAAAGUCUACCUUUAAGCGGACACACAUGGACCAUCUCUUAAAUGUCCUCGUGCUCUGGAUUUUCCUGUUUUUAGGUGGCAUGUGUUUUAUCCUAGCAAUUGGGCAUGGCAUUUGGGAGAACAAGAAAGGCUACUACUUCCAGGAUUUUCUACCAUGGGAAGAAUAUGUGUCUUCAUCAUUUGUCUCUGCCAUCCUCACAUUCUGGUCCUAUUUCAUUAUUCUCAACACUAUGGUGCCCAUUUCCCUUUAUGUCAGUGUUGAGAUAAUAAGAUUGGGCAACAGUUGCUAUAUCAACUGGGAUCGGAAGAUGUAUUAUGCACCAAAGGACACACCAGCACAGGCUCGCACCACCACCCUUAAUGAGGAACUUGGCCAGGUCAAAUAUGUGUUCUCCGACAAAACUGGAACCCUGACUCAGAACAUCAUGAUUUUCAAUAAGUGUUCUAUUAAUGGGAUAAUCUAUGGUUAUGGCUAUGACAAGAAUGGACAAAGAGUAGAAGUCUCUGAGGAAACAGAAAAGGUCGACUUCUCCUACAACAAACUGGCUGAUCCUAAGUUUUCAUUUUAUGACAAUACUUUGGUGGAAGCCAUGAAAAAGGGAGAUCACUGGGUGCACUUGUUUUUCCUCUCACUCUCAUUGUGUCACACUGUGAUGUCAGAAGAGAAAGUGGAAGGUAAGCUGGUGUACCAGGCUCAGUCCCCAGAUGAAGGUGCCCUCGUCACUGCUGCCAGGAAUUUUGGCUUUGUAUUCCGUUCCCGCACAUCUGAGACGAUCAUGGUAGUUGAAAUGGGUGAGACCAAAGUCUACCAACUGCUGGCUAUUUUGGACUUCAGCAAUGUGCGCAAGAGGAUGUCUGUUAUUGUGAGGACACCUGAAGAUCGAGUAAUGUUAUUCUGCAAGGGUGCAGACACCAUUCUCUGUCAGCUGCUCCAUCCAUCCUGUAGAUCCCUCAGAGAUGUGACCAUGGAACAUUUAGAUGAUUUUGCCUUUGAAGGUCUCCGCACCCUCAUGGUGGCCUACCGAGAAGUGGAUAAUGCCUUCUACCAGGCCUGGAGCAAGAAGCACAGUGAAGCCUGCCUGUCUUUGGAAAAUCGGGAAGAUAAAAUAUCAGAUGUCUAUAGAGAGAUGGAAAAAGACUUGAUGCUAUUAGGGGCCACAGCCAUAGAAGACAAGCUCCAGGAUGGUGUACCUGAGACAAUCACCACCCUGAACAAAGCCAAAAUUAAGAUAUGGGUCUUAACUGGAGAUAAGCAAGAGACUGCUGUGAACAUUGCCUAUGCCUGUAACAUAUUUGAGGAAGAAAUGGAUGGAAUAUUCAUCGUGGAAGGCAAGAAUGAUGAGACUGUUCGGCAAGAACUCAGGUUGGCAAGGAAAAAGAUGAAACCUGAGUCUCUACUGGAAUCAGACCCAAUAAACACCUACCUGAACACGAAGCCCCAAAUGCCCUUCAGAAUACCUGAGGAGGUGCCCAAUGGCAACUAUGGCUUGAUCAUCAAUGGCUACAGUCUGGCCUAUGCUCUAGAAGGGAACCUGGAGUUGGAACUGCUGCGAACAGUGUGCAUGUGCAAGGGAGUGAUCUGCUGCCGGAUGACACCCCUUCAGAAGGCCCAGGUGGUAGAGCUGAUGAAGAGGUACAAGGAGGUGGUGACACUGGCCAUCGGGGAUGGGGCCAAUGACGUCAGCAUGAUCAAAGCUGCCCACAUUGGGGUUGGCAUCACUGGCCAGGAGGGAAUGCAGGCCAUGCUCAACAGUGACUACGCCAUCUCCCAGUUCUGCUAUCUUCAGCGUUUACUUUUGGUCCAUGGCCGAUGGUCCUAUAAUCGCAUGUGCAAGUUUCUCAGCUACUUCUUUUACAAAAACUUUGCCUUCACCCUGAUGCACUUCUGGUAUGCCUUCUUCAGCGGGUUCUCUGCACAGACAGUUUAUGAUACCUGGUUUAUCACUUUCUACAACCUGGUCUACACCUCCCUCCCUGUCCUGAGCUUGAGUCUGUUUGACCAGGACGUGAAUGAAACAUGGAGUCUACGCUUCCCAGAGCUGUAUGACCCAGGCCAGCACAACCUCUAUUUCAACAAGAAGGAAUUUGUGAAGUGUUUAGUGCGUGGGAUCUAUAGUUCCUUCGUGCUGUUCUUUAUCCCUAUGAGGACCAUUCACAACUCAGUGCACAGUGAUGGGAAAGAGAUCUCUGACUACCAGUCCUUCUCCCUGCUAGUACAGACUGCCUUGCUCUGCGUGGUCACAGUGCAGAUUGCCCUGGACACAACCUACUGGACGUUGAUAAGCCACAUCUUCACCUGGGGUAGCCUGGGUUUCUACUUUUGCAUCUUAUUCCUCCUGUACAGUGAUGGCUUGUGCCUAAUGUUCCCCAAUGUCUUCCAAUUCCUAGGUGUGGCCAGGAACACUCUGAACCUGCCACAAAUGUGGCUGAUUAUUAUCCUCAGCGUGGUCCUCUGUAUUUUGCCUGUGAUUGGGUACCGAUUUCUCAAACCAUUGUUCUGGCCUGCCGACGUGGACAAGAUUAUGAACAGAAUUCAUCUUUGGACAAGACAUCCACUGCUACCCCCUACCCAGACCAAACUGAGACACAUAAGGCCUCGACGUUCUGCCUAUGCAUUCUCCCACAAACAGGGCUUUGGGGCCCUCAUCACUUCAGGCAAAACAAUGAAGGACAAGGUAUUCAAGAAAAACAGCUUUUCUUUUAAAAAGUAAAGGCCCUUAGGAAAAUCCCAAAGGAAUCAGUCAUUGCUCUUCCUCCCUUGUAUCCGCACAAAUUAAGGAUGGAUUAGAGCCCCAGGAAAACUAGAAUAAACCUGCCAUUCUGCUCUCACUCUAGGGGCUCAGCCUCUUCAUUCCCUAGAAGGUUGUGGCCAGGUAAGGCAAGGAAAGGUAAAGAAAGGACCUCCUGAUAUCUGUCAGAGUUGCAGCGGUUCAAGAAAAAGUGACGUCAGGCUUCCCUUCCACCACCCCUUCCAAGUUUUAAUCCAGACAAGCAACUAUGGAAGUGGUGAGUGAAAGGGGGCAACAUAAGAAAGGGGAAAAAAGAAAUAUAUAUAUAGAUACAUAUAUAUAUAGAUAGAUAGAUAUCUAUAUCUAUCUAUAUAUAUAUAUCUCCUAAGAAUCUUACUUUGGGUCCUGUUUCCCAUACCCAGAGCAACUGUAAACAUUUCCAGGGCUCCACACAAGUAUAUCUCACCAGAUACCUUUCUCAGGUUCAUCCGGGGAAUUCAGGGUAAGUCUUUUGCUGGCCCUGGGUCUCAAAAGGAGGAGGCAGCUAUGAGAAGUUGAUCAUAAAAAGCUGAAGGAGAGUUUCUGGACCAAAAAGAAAAAAAAGCUGGGGGGGGGGGGGAGGCGGGGAGCUGGUUCCUGCCUUGAUAGGACAGCUCAAGAUUUCGCCUUCUUCCCCUCUCUUUGACCCCUUUUAUCCAAGAGCUGACACCUUUUCAGGCUUCAGAACUGGGAGAAGGAGACUGCUGGGGAUGUUUAAAAAUCCUUUCUUGAGGGGGUAUAAGCCACAAUUGAUGAACAUUUGUCUUCAUUCCAUAAAAUUACUUUGAGAAGAAAUUGUAUGUACUUGGGAAAUUGUUUCUGAGAAGUUUAUGGAGUAAUAAAUUGCUUAUUUUGGAGUGGAGAGAUGUAUAUGAUCUGUUGGAUCCCAGUGACAGUAACAUCCAAGCAGUAUCAUUGGCCCCACUGCCCUAUCCACCCCUUUUCUCUCCUUCUGCAGUUCCAUUUCACUUUUCUGUCCUUUGUUGCUAAACUCUAUCUUGACCUCAAUAUGACCACAUCCUUUGACCAUGGAGCUUUAUCCCCUUUACAUACCUUGGUACUAGGUUGAGUGACUUCAUCCAGAAUUCGUUUAUCAACAGAAUGAAGAUUUUAAACUAUCUUAGAUCUUUCUUAGAACAAGAUCCAUUUAUUAAACUGAUUCUGAAAUCCUUCAUUUACUUGAAUCCUAGGAAAUUCACUCUCAGUCCACCAACAUGUAUUAAUCAUUUUCCCCCAAAACGUCACCCAGGAUGCUGCCACCGUGAUCCCAGUCACCCAAGGCAGUGAUGGAAAUCAUUCCACACUCUUCCUCUAGUCUGAUGUCUAUUAAUAGGUCAUCAAGAAAUGUAAACUCUGGGGUGCCAGGGUGGCUCAGUCGUUAAGCAUCUGCCUUAAGCUCAGGUCAUGAUCCAGGAUCCUGUGAUCAAGCCCCGUGUCAGGCUCCCCACUCAGUGGGAAGCCGGCUUCUCCCUCUCCCACUCACCUUGCUUGUGUUCCUUCUCUGGCUGUGUAUCUCUGUGUCAAAUAAAUAAAUAAAAUCUUAAAAAAAAAAAAAAAAGAAAUGUAAACUCUGCCUCUAUUAUGUCUUGUUUUCGGUUCCCUCCAUCAUUACUACUCUUGUUCAGACUUCGAUCAUCUUUCAUCUGAAUUAUUGCAUAAAAUCUCCCAACUCACGUUCCUCAUUUUCCCCUAUCU